CAGUAUACUACAAAGGAGAGAAUGCUCCAUUCUCCAACUACUGAUUCGAGAAAGUGGGGGGAAGCAAGAGAAAGCAGGAAGAAGAUGGGGAAAGGUUGUGGGGUGGUUGGCUAUCCCCAAAGAUGGAUCUUGUCAGAGGACAAUGGGGAAACUCUUACCUGAAACCAUCACCUUCUGUAUCUUCAGAGAAGAUGGGGCGGCUCCCUUUGGGGGUUGUUUCUCCCUAUGUAAAAACCAGCUCUGGUGGAAGUAUCGACCCCAUGAAAUUCUAUUGCACCAGCUAUGGCACAGCUUAUGGUCGGGAAGGAUUUCGUCCUCGGAUUGGUUUCCACUCUGGAGCUGGUUACAAAGCCAAUUACCGUCCUGUUGUCCAAUACAAAACAAGCCUGGACAAAUUAGAUAAUCCAGCUGUGGGGACUCUCCUUCAAGACAACUAUGAAUCAACAACUACCAAGCACUUCCAGCCUUUCCAGCUCCCAGAUGGGAAGUAUCCUCUGCCUUGGAAUGUACACCAGUCGGGGAGCGGGUAUGUCCGGGAAAAACCCCUUACAUUCCCCACCACCAAAGCUGUCAAGCAAGUCCAUUUUGAUACAGCGGACCAAGGAUCAGGUGCUAUACCAGGGCUGGACCCCAGACAUACUCCUGAUCUUCACAAAUUACAGGGAAAAGGCUCUAGUGAUGUGGAAAACGCCAGACAUGGACCUCGCUACAUGUCUACAGAGUAUGGCUCCAAGUUUCGCUUCAAUAUCCCAGGACAACCAGAUUUCCUGCAAAAGAAAACAAUUGGAGCCAGAGAAGAAACAGGAUUCACUGAGGGUGGCCUCGCCAACCCCAUCUUGGACAAAGCAACAGCUCAGGCCAGCAUUCCGGGGGUCAGCAUUACAAAGACAGAUUAUCUGCCAUCCACUUUUCCCCAUGGUGACGAGUUUCUCCCAGUCCUUUCCAAAGGCUCUGAAAGGGGGUCUGGAUUCAGUCGGCAGAAUAAUCUUGGACCUGGUACUGAAGAAAUUCCACGCAGUACAGCGGUGCAAGCCCCCCUGAGCCACUCUCAGUACCAAGGACUUCAGCGGCAACCUCAGACAAAGACCAGCCUUCUAGGACGGGAAUAUGUGGGUAACAAGGAGCUAACAGGAUUCAGCCACAAUAACCUCAGUUAUGUGACACCAGCAUAUGAUCCAAAUCAUGCUAACAGGUUCCUGACUAGCUACAAUUCCAAGUUUUAUGAAAACAUACCAAAGGGCGUGGACAGAGAAGGCUGGACACGGGGAGGGAUCCAGCCUCAGCAGGCAGGGGGUUUCGCUACCAACAACCAUGCCACUGAUUUAGGCACUGAUCCCAAUGCCACAGAGACCUUGAGGACUGUUCACCCCCAUGUUGGCAGGACCAUCACAACCGUUGAUCCGUUUUAUCGUGAUUCUCCCCACGACCGCCGCUUCACAGCUCUCCAUCAGACAACUGUACCCAAUUAACCUCUGCUUUGAAUUAAAGUACAGCACCUUUGAACUUCAGGUCCAUAUCCUACCGACUAAAAAAGGAACACCAGUGAUAAUGCUGUCAUAUCACAUCUAGCACAUUUAAACUCAACGUUUUUUUGUUUUUUUUUGUUUUCAAGAAAUUAAAAUAUACCUUACUGAAA